CGUAAGCAGGUCAUAGUUUUGCAGGAUCUCGCACAGGUUUUUGCGGGAUAUUCGCAAAAAAAUAUAGCCCCCCCACCCUCCAUGACCCUUCCAGGGCUCCGUAAGAUCCUCGCCAUUGGAUCGCAGGCCACCAAGAUCGACUCCCUUCUACGCCUCUAGGCGGACACAGCGCGGGCCGGAUCGAUGGGAUCUGGACACAUCGGAGGGAUCAUGGCCGCGGCGCUGUGGGCUCGUCGCGGACGGAGGACCGCGGCCGUCGUCGGGACAGUGGCCAGGUCCGGGUCCAGUCGCGCCGCUUUACAAUCCCAGUACGACGCGCUGGUCAUCGGAGGAGGACACAACGGACUGGUGGCAGCUGCCUAUCUUCAGAAGGGAGGACUUAAGACAGCAGUGUUGGAGCGCAGACACGUGCUGGGAGGAGCAGCUGUUUCAGAGGAGAUCGUCCCUGGUUUCCACUUCUCCAGGUGCUCCUAUUUGCUCAGUUUAUUGCGACCCCACAUAUACGCAGACCUGGAGCUCAAGAAACAUGGGCUCAAGGUGUACAUGAGAGACCCACAUGCUUUCACCCCCAUGUUGGAGGAGGGGGUGAAAGGUGCUCCACCAAGGUCUCUCACCCUGGGCUCAGAUCUGGCCAUGAACCAGAAGGAGAUAGGCAAGUUCUCACAGAAGGAUGCAAAGGCUUAUCCAGAUUUUGUGGCACACCUUGAGAAGCUAGCGGGAGCUAUUCACCCUCUCCUGGACGCUCCUCCCGUUGACAUCCCAGGUGUCACCACUGGAUCACUGGGGAAGAGGCUGGCUGCAGCUAAAACGCUGACGCCUCUUGUCAAAUGUGGUGUGUUGGUGGAUGCAUGCUUGAGGGACAUAAGCAUUUGUGUUUUUGAUGCAAGAAGUCUGAAACUGGGCAGAAACGUCCCAGACUUUUACGAGAUUGUAACGGCACCAAUUAUGAAGAUUCUCAACCGGUGGUUCGACUCGGAGCCACUGAUAGCGACACUGGCUACUGACGCUGUUAUAGGAGCCAUGACCAGUCCAAGUAGUCCCGGUAGUGGGUAUGUGCUCUUGCACCAUGUGAUGGGAGAGUUGGAGAAGGAGAAGGGAGCAUGGGGUUAUGUGGAGGGAGGUAUGGGAGGCGUGUCCCAGGCUAUUGCUAGUGCUGCCCAAUCCUAUGGUGUAGACAUCUUCACCGAGAAGGAUGUAGCGCAGGUCCUGGUUGGUUCAGACGGCGCCGCCAGGGGAGUGGCCCUAAAGGAUGGCACAGAGAUCUCCAGUAGAGUUGUUUUAUCAAAUGCUACGCCGUACGUCACCUUCAAGAACCUCACGCCGCAGGCCGCCCUUUCUCCAGAGUUUAUCAAAGCCAUAAACCAGAUAGACUACACAUCACCUGUUACCAAGAUCAAUGUGGCCGUGGACAAGCUACCAAACUUUCUUGCACGUCCCACACCGGAUGGCAUACCCGGACCCCACCAUCAGUGCUCCAUCCACCUCAACUGUGAAAGCGUGGAGGUACUGGAGACUGCGUACAAAGAGGCCAUGAAUGGACGCCCCUCAGUGAGACCAAUGCUGGAGAUGACCAUCCCCUCCGUGUUGGAUCCAACUCUGGCUCCCCCCGGCUGCCACGUUGUGUCACUGUUCACACAAUUCACCCCCUACCAUAUAGAAGGCAGGGAGUGGACUGACCAGGACCGAGAGGCCUAUGCAGACACGGCCUUCGACUGGGUGGAGCAAUAUGCCCCUGGGUUUAAAAAGUCAGUUGUGGGAAGAGACAUCUUGACUCCGCCUGACCUGGAGAGGAUCUUUGGGCUCACUGGAGGGAAUAUCUUUCAUGGAUCAAUGUCACUGGACCAGCUCUACCUAGCACGACCUUUGCCCUUUCUCUCAAACUACCGUUCACCAGUCAAAGGGCUAUAUCUGUGUGGCAGUGGCACUCAUCCAGGUGGUGGUGUGAUGGGUUCUCCUGGAUUCAACGCAGCGCUCACCACCAUAGCUGACCUGAAACGUCACUGAAACGACUGACUGCAUCAGUGCGUGGUCUGUUCAACAUGGUUCAACUUCUUUUUUGUCUGAUAUAUGAUAUGGGACAUCACUUCUGAUUGUUAAACAUUAUUGCAAUAUUGCCACACAAAAAUCCUGGUGCUACACAAUUAAUGAAAUCAUCAAACUGAGCCAACAGAAAAUCACCAGGCUGUAUUUUAGAAUAACUGAUACUUGAACAAAUGAAAUGAAGAUGUCAAUGGAGCCUUUAUAACCUUUUGCAAAUAAAUUUAAAUGAUUGUAAGAAAACUCA